AUGCCUCCUCGUAAAUCUUCUACUCCCGCUUCAUCAGCCAAACCAGCUUCCAAACCUUCCAAAGCUGCCAGCACCACGACUAAACCUGUAUCGUCCGCUAAACCAGUUUCUCGACGAGGUGCGGCAGCAAAGGAAUCUACGCCGGCUGUGGUACCUCCCGCGAUCGCCGAAGAUUGUGAAGCGAGUGAUCUGCCCAACGGUAAAGACGUGAAGAGAACUAGGAAAGCUACUUCGCCGCCUGCUACGGAUGGUCCAGCAGCUAAGAAAGGAAGGGUCGGUCAACUUGUUGAUGAAGUCAAGAGAGGUAGGAGAAGAUCCAGUAUCGGUCCUGGAUUCAAAAAUGAGCUACCUUCAAUACCUCCCAUUGCUUCACCGCAUAACGCAUUGUUUAUCUGGGGUACAGGUGAUAUGGGUCAAUUCGGUUUAGGUCCAGAUGAGCUGGAUGAGAUCGCCAGACCAAAAAUUCAUUCAUGGUUCGAAGAAGAGAUCGAAGAUGGUAAAUUAAGUCGAGACGGUAAAGAAGGAAGUGGUGGGUUGGAAGCAGUCGCUUGUGGUGGUAUGCACACAUUGGCUAUAGAUGAAGCUGGUAGAGUCCGAUCAUGGGGUAUCAACGAUAAUGCUGCUCUCGGAAGAGUGACUACCAAUGUACCUGACCCUAAAGAUCCAGAAUCCAUCAUUCCCAACGAAGACCUCGAGACAGUACCUCUGGUAGUAGAAGCUCUGGAGAAAGAAGGUUUCAGAGCGGUCAAAGUCGCUGCGGGUGAUAGUGUCAGCGUAGCAAUCUCUGAUCAAGGUGAAUUGAGAGCGUGGGGCAGUUUUAGGUCGAACGAAGGUGUAUUAGGUUUCGAUGGUGUACCUGGACAUCCAACAUUCCAAUUCACUCCAAUUGCCUUACCUGUCUUCUCCAAACUGAAAAUAGCCGAUGUCUCCUGCGGGACAGAUCACGUACUAGCAUUGACUACUGCUGGGCACGUGUAUGUCUGGGGUAACGGGCAGCAAAACCAAUUAGGACGACGAGUGAUUGAGCGAAGAAUCAAAAAUUCCUUGGAACCUGAAAGAUUAGGAUUGAGGAAUAUCGUUUUGGUCGCUGCUGGAUCUUUCCAUUCAUUUGCGGUGGACGUGGAUGGAAUCGUGUGGGCAUGGGGGUUGAACACUUUCCACCAGACGGGAUUGGAAGGUAGAUAUGCGGAUGAAGAGAUGGUCAUUGCUCCUAGACAAGUGGAAGGGUUGAACCCGGAGAAUCACGGUGGAAGUAAAGUAGUACAAAUUUCAGGUGGUGAACAUCACUCGCUGUUCUUAUUUGAUAAUGGAGAAGUAUGGGGCGUUGGUCGAUCAGAUGCCAAUGAGUUGGGUAUACCUGAAGAUCACCCUGCUUACAAGGGAAUAAUUGAAAGAAGGGAAAAAACUCAAGAAGAAAGACAAGAUAGAGUGAAAGAGAAACAAGAUAAAUUGGAUCAUAUCUUACAGCAAAGCAAAGUGGAUGAAAAUCAAAAAGAGAAAUUGGAAUUGGAAUUAUCAGAAGCUCAAGCUGCUUUGAGAGUACCAAUGGGUGAAUAUAUUCCUGAACCUGUCAGAAUCUGUUUCCCUCCUAUUCCAGAACAAUACGAAGUCGUCCCUCCAUUCCCUGCAUACAAAGAUUCCAAAUCUUCCGAUAAUCCCAUUAUCAACAUUUCAGCGGGUACGAGACAUAAUUUAGCAGUAUCGAAAUCUGGACAUGUCUAUGCCUGGGGAUUGGGUAAUCAAGCUCAAUUAGGUUUAGGCGCCGAUACUGAAUCUGCCGAAGUACCUUCGUUAGUACGAAGCAAGCUGCUCAGACCAUACAAGGCCAAAUUCGCUUCCGCAGGUGGACAACAUUGUGUCUUGUUAGCUACCAAGAAUGAAUAG